GAGAUUCAGUUUAACUUCCGGUUUUGAAGAUGGCUGAUGUUUUGAGCAUUUUGAGGCAGUACAACAUCAAUAAAAAGGAGAUAAUAGAAAAGGAUGAUCAGAUUAUCUUUGGAGAAUUUGCUUGGCCUAAAGAUGUGAAGACGAACUACCUUGUAUGGGGAACUGGUAAAGAAGGGAUCCAAAAGGAAUACUACACACUCGAUUGUAUACUAUUCUUGUUGAAGAAUGUGCAAUAUGCCCAUCCCCUGUAUGUCAGAGAGGCUGCUGCUAGCAAUGUGCCAGUUGUACGUCGUCCAGACAGGAAAGACUUAUUGGCCUAUCUGAAUGGUGACACAUCAACCUCUGCAAGUAUUGACAAAAGUGCUCCUCUAGAAAUAUCUCUACAAAGACCCACACAAGUAAAAAGAACUGCCGAAGAUACUACAAAUGAGCAGGAAAAGAAAAAGCCGAGACUUGAGGAGGAACAGGUUCAACAGGCCAAGAGAAACUGGAUGAACAAAAUUGAUGCUCCAAGAGAAACCUCGGUCCUUCCAGCCGCUAUUGCGUCAUCAUCUCUUCACGAAGCUAUGCCACUUGAAAAAAUUGCUGCCAUUAAAGCAAAACGUCUUGCCAUUAAAAGAACAAAAAUUAAAGGUGAUGAUGAUAUACAGCCAGGAGCUUUAGAACAGAGAAGUUUCGUGGACGCUGAAGUUGACGUGACCAGAGAUAUCGUGAGUCGUGAAAGAUUGUGGCGAACACGAACCACUAUUCUACAGAGCAAUGGCAAGCAAUUUGCAAAGAAUAUAUUCAGUUUACUACAGUCAAUAAAGGCGAGAGAGGAAGGUAGUUCUAGAGGUACACAUGGCGUCCCUCAUACACCAUCUGUGCCGCAACCAAAACCACAGCCAGUAGCUGGGUAUAACAGAUACGAACAAGAAAGUUUCAGGAGAAAAGAGGCUACUGAGGGAUUUAACAUUGAAACUAUGGGAACAUACCACGGUAUGACGCUCAAGUCUGUGACAGAGGGAGCAUCAGCCAGGAAGACCGCUAAGCCAGAACCCGCACAACCGGCUCAGCAGGUUUCCCGACCAAUAUCUCAGGCAAGACCACCACCUAACCAGAAAAAAGGAUCUCGAACCCCCAUCAUCAUCAUACCAGCAGCAACAACAGCCCUUAUUACAAUGUUUAAUGCUAAAGAUAUUCUACAAGAUCUCAAAUAUGUUGGCACCGAAGAAAAGAAGUCCCAGGGUGCCAAACGUGAUAAUGAAGUGCUUAUUCAGCGACGGAAAACCGGUGCAAAUACCGUACCAUACCGAAUAAUUGAUAAUGCUUUAAAACUCACAACGGAAGACUGGGACAGGGUAGUGGCAGUGUUUGUUCAAGGUCCAGCCUGGCAGUUUAAAGGUUGGCCGUGGGAUGGUAACCCUACUGAGAUUUUCUCUAAAAUAAAAGCAUUUCAUUUGAAAUGGUGUGAAUUGCCUCUGGACAACAAUGUUAAAAAGUGGAAUGUUACAGUGGUCAACCUGGACAGAAACAGACGACAUUUAGACCGUGCCAGUCUACAGGUUGUCUGGGAAGUCCUUGAUAAAUACAUGGCUAAAGACAAGCCUCAUUUGAGAUUCUGAAGAGGUGGUUCGUUUGAACAGUUAUGGUGAACAGAUUGUUUUGAUACAUGGCAAAUUGACAAGUGUCCGUUAUGAUUCAAAUUGGUCGUAUCAAAUCAGCAUAUAACUCAGAUCAUACUAUAGUGCUUACUGACAGAUUAAAUAACAGAUAUCUUUAAAAGAUGUGAUUGUAAUGUUCUACAUGGAUUAAAUAGUUUUCAUGUUAAAUCAGGACCUGUUGAAGUGAUUCAAGUUGGACAGGGUGGUUUUUUUUACACAUUAAGUUAAUAAAACAUAAUGAUUGAUGUGAAGAGAUGGGGUUUAUUUUAACAGACCCUAAUUUUGCAAAGUGGCUUUUUUACAAUCUCUGUUUUUUGCAAAGUGUUGUUUUUUUUUUCUUUCUUGGAGAAACUAUUUGUGCAAAGUUGUGAUUAUAAGAACUGCCUUUAAUAAUGUAUCAUGGUUAUUCUUUUACAUUCUUGUUGUAUCUAACAUAGAUCAGAAUGUAAGCUUAUGUAUGGUGUUAAAAUAGGGUAUUUCAUGCUGGUUAUUUAUUACGAAUGAUCAAGUCAGGAUCACAUCAGAUGCUGAAUUUUUGACAAGGACUUUUUCAUGCCAGGAAGCUACCAAGCUAGCUUUAGGAAGGAUUGUGGUUCUACUAAAAUACCCUCUUCUGCCUGUUAUAAUGCAUAGAAGUGUACCUUAAAUCUUCCUUCCUCCAGUAAUGCUGGAAAUAUGCCAUAUUCAUGACCUUGACCGUGUCACCGAGACUUAAAAUUAAAUCACACCAGUAUAAAUUUGUAUGCAAUUUAGAUGUUUGUUUCUGUUGGGAUGUAAUUGUCCAUUUAAUAUAAGCAGUCGACUGGAUAUAUAAUGUAUAAAGGAUAUAAAAAAGAAAUUAUUGUGACAACUUUGUGUGGUCAAUUGCAACGUUAUAGAAAAUGUUGGGAUAUAUUAAAGGCUUACUGAUGAAUGAUUAGUAACAAAAUUGAAUGAACAUUCAAUUAAAGUUUGUUUUUGUAUUAUCUUAAGUUUGAAUUCUGCUUGUUAAAAAAUAUGAUUGCUAUAAUUUUGUAUUUUAAUUCUUAUACCUGUAAAGUAACAGAAGUUAAAUGAAAAUCAAAUAUUUUUGUUCAGUUCCACAAUUAACUCCAGUGAUGGCAAUGUGAUACAGAUUAAAGAAUAGUUAGUUGUUCACUGUAUUAAAUUGAAGAAAAUAUAGAAACUAAAUGAAUAAACUUAAAAAGAAACUACCCGAUUCUUUUUUAUGAAACAGGUUUAUUUUGAUACAAAAUAUAUGAUGUUGAUGUAUUUUUUGCUAAGGACCCUUCAAUGUCCUUAUUUGUAAGUGUAAAUAUGUACAAAUAUUGAAAAAAGAAAUAAAAUGAAAAUUGAAAA